UCGCAGGAACUCUGAUAGCCACGGCCGCGUCCGUGUCCGAGUCCGCUGUUACCUCACGGUAAAUCAACCAAUCGGAGUAUAGUGCACGCCUUCACGGGCAACUAUGGAGCAACGCCCAUCCAAGUUGAUUUCAGUCGAGGUUCCCCACUUCACACGGAAUCACGCUGCGAGAUGGUAGAGCCCCAGGAGGGGCUGAACGCGCUGCUCCCCACUACGGCGCGGCGAGCGCCUCGUUUAGCCUGUAAUUUGCUCAAACACUAGCAAGCCAUCGUGCCAGGAACAUCCGUCAGAGCUGGUGCUCGCUCGGCGUUCGCUCUCGUAGCCGAGAGCUAAAUUUGACAGAACCGCGUGACGUGUGCUCCUUUUAUCGACGUCGACCGAUUCUUUCUCGUCCAAGUUCCAGUCGUGUCGAUGGAGAGUGUCGGACGGCGUGACGUACGAGUGAGUGUCGUGAGGCUCCAGCCAGUGCGACGACGUUCGUGAUUACGACGAGAUUACAUUGGUUGUUAUUCACAUAUCGGUCGAUUUUACACUUGGUACUACGCGUUAGUUAAGUUACGUUGGUGGGUGAUUUCGGAGACACACCUUGCGGGGACGACUAGUUCGUGAGUACGUAUCCGUCAUACAUUAGUGAUGCGUCAGCAGGAGGUCGGGACUUAAUUGUCCGAAUGACUGCCGAGGUAGCGAACCUCAUCGAUGAUCAUUGUGAUUGUGAGAAGGAACGAUCGCAUAUUCCGAAGAAGAAAUAAUCGAGAGUGUCGGAAGGUAAGGUUUGGAAAUCGUGCGAGGGUACACAGACUGAACGUAGGCCAUUCGAUCGAUUUGAGGAAGGGCGGCUUCGAGGCGGCUUCGCGAUGACGCGGCGAAUCUAAUCCCGGACGAUUCUCGGCACUCGCAGAUUUAUUGGUCCCGCGGUCAAAGUGGGUUGUCCACCUGGGAAGCGUACGAUAAUCGUACGAUGAUGCCGCUCGCGCCGACGCCAAUCGUCCCGGUGCCGUCCAAGCCGAAGAUCGGCUUUAGCAUCGACUCGAUCGUCGGCGGCGGGCAGGGUGGCCGCGAGGCAGAUCGCCUAGAUCGACUGGAGCGAGUCGAGAUCGAUGGCAGCCCGAUGGAGAUAGUCGAGGGCUCGUCCUCGCCGCGAGCACGCCGGAUCGCCACGAGAUCGCCCGGCGCUCAUUCCGAGAGUUCCGAUCGACCCGUAUCUCGGAGUUCCUCCGUCGAGUCGUAUCCGAACUCGCGACGGACAUCGGCGCACGCUACCGGCGUUGGUAGCGGCGGUCACCAUCAUCUUCACGGUACCAAUCAUCACGGUCAUCCGCACGGUCCGCAUCACAACCUCUCGGCGACGACGCAUCUAGACUUCGGCCGGACAACCGUUCACAGUCACAGCGGCGGCUCCACGCCCAACAACAGUCCCAGCCCACCACACAGAAUACCGCACGGAGACUCACCGGUCGGGACGCAUCCCCAACCACCCCCGGGGGUGGUCAGGCCUAGCCCGAACUAUCUCACGCCUCCUACCGCCGCGACGGCCGCGGUCAUGGCUGCGGAGCAGCUCAAAUCAUUGUAUGGACUACCUGGCGGUCACGGUGCCGCAGGACCUCAGACCGGUCAGAAUGAAUAUCACACGCAGCAACUGGCUUUAGCUGCCAAUUUGGCCGCGGCCCAGCACUUCCAGGCGGCGAACAUCGCGGUGGCGCUUCAGGCGCAUCACGGCGCGUCUCCCCAUGGACCACCCCACGGGCCCUAUUCGCACGGAGGGGCCCCCGGUGGCCCCCAUCCGCCGCCUCAUCCCCAUCAGCCGCCUAGAGAUAGCUACCCCCUAUAUCCGUGGUUACUCUCGAGGCACGGUAGAAUCUUUCCACACAGAUUUCCUGGAGGUCCCGAUAUACCCGGUUUCUUACUUCAACCCUUCAGGAAACCGAAAAGAAUAAGGACAGCUUUCAGUCCGAGUCAGCUGCUCAAGCUGGAACACGCCUUCGAGAAAAAUCACUACGUCGUCGGCGCAGAGAGGAAACAGUUGGCGCAGGCGUUAUCAUUAACCGAAACGCAGGUGAAAGUGUGGUUCCAGAAUCGACGGACGAAACACAAGCGGAUGCAGCAGGAGGAAGAGGCGAAAGCCCAACAGCAAUCGGGAGGUGGCGGUGGCGGUGGCGGGGGCGGCGGUGGUGGCGGUAGCAACGGAAACGCUAAUAACAAUAGCAAUAACAAAAAUACGCAUCACGUCAGCAAAUGGCAGCAGGAGACCGGCGACUACCAUCAUGAAGAGGAGGAGGAAGAGGAGCACAUCGAUCCAGAGGCCGAAGAGUGCUCGAGCGGCUCUGAAGCGUAGCUAGACGUUCUCUGCCUGGAUUAGGAUCCAGGAUCGAGUCAAGUCCUGAACAGACCGCGAGGAGAGUACGAGCGACGAUAGAAGCCAUCCAUGAAGAGAACACGUGCGACACCGACUGAUCGACAGGUUUGUUCGAGUUGACAUCGAAGAAUCGAAUUGUUCGACUUCGAAAGCGCCUACGGUCGUGUUAGCGCAGGAGGUUAACAACAGUGAGUGAAUUCUUUAUGGAAUAGUGAUCGCGUAAUUUGUUCUUCGCCUCGAAUUACGGUCGAGACUUCGGGUAUGAGUCCCGAUGCAAAAAUCAAGUCAAAAAUUUCGGAAGUGGUGGUGUCUGACAGCGACCGACAACAAUACUCAUCGUAUUGCGAUUGACCAGAUGUCGUGAAUACGAGAGCAGUUGGCGACAACUUCAAUUCUGAAAAAGAGAGAUGAAAAGAAACUUUUCAUCAAUCGCCGGGAAGGAUUCCCGAAUCGAGUUGUAUUCCGAACUUGUGCUAGAUGGGUCGGCAAAAUAGAUACAUCGUUCUAGAGUUCACUAACAUUCUCGAAACUCAAAUACUUUACGUAUUUUUCGAGGUGUUGGCGAGUUAGGUAAUGGUCAGGAGCAGAUAACAGAAUCAGCAAAUCUUUCAGUUCAAAUAUGCACAGAAUAUUUGCCACUAAAUUGUAUGAAUUAAAACGAAGCGUACAAAAGAUAUAUGCAGAGAUAAUCGAAUUUAUUUGUUUAACAACUGUGAAGUAUUUACUAUUGCUGUUACUGUAAUUAUUAUUCGCAUCACGAGAACGAUGAUAAUUCGCUUUCGGUUAUCGGUGUAAUUAUUAAUGAUAACGAUUGUAUUGUAAUGGUAAUCCUUUAAAAAAGUUGUAGAAAUAAUUCGAGUUAUUGUCCUCGAAAUCGAUUGGCUUUGAUUCUGAUAAUUUUCGUUACAAAACUGUUUAUAAAAACUGUUCUGAUUCAUAUGAUCUGCGUCUCUGACUUUAGCGCGAAAUCGGACAGUCGAUUUUAAUCAUAUUGCCUUUUUUUAAGAUUCGAAAACUCACGGUAUAUUAAAAUUCAAUACGUUUCGGCAAUCAUAAUAAUCCAUUGUUUCACUAAUGCACUGAAAUCUUAAAGUCUUAUUGAGCCUCUUUCUCUUUGUUUCCUACGUUUGUAAAAGAUGUUACAUAUUAGGUUUUUAAAGCGAGCACCAAAAAAUCAAACUUUUUUAAUUCUAAUGAAAAAUUACAUUACAUCGAGACGAUGUAUUUACUAGUAAUUGACAUAAGUCAAACUUUUUUCGCGUAAUGAAAACGGAGCAUUUAUUGUUGGUGCUACUCGUCUCGCGAAGAACGAUGAUAAUUCACUUUUAAUUCUCAAUGAAUAAUUAAUUAUUAUUUGAAAAAGCUUUAGACAGAUUUCGAGUCAUUAUCGAAAAAGAACAACAUUCAAACUUUAAUUUGUAAUUUUUCCAAAGUCUUUAACAAAUCAGAAUUUCUACCCAUAUAGCAUAAGAGACUUGUAAAAACAUUGCAGAAACAUUUGAUUAUAACAUUGCCAAAAUGUUGCGAAAUAUUGGUAAAAACAUGGUGAAAUCUUUUUUAAAAAUAUUGCAAUUACACUGUAUUGUAACAAUAUUAUAGCAAUUAUUAUUAAAAUAUGUAUAC